AUGUCACAGCAACAAUGCAUAACAGAACAACCUCAAUUAACCGGAUAUGCCAAACAAUUAGACGAUAAACAUAACGAGAAAAGAUGGACUCCUGGUUAUAAUUAUAUUCCUGUAGAUUGUUGUUUUUGGCCAGAUUGUAAAUGUUCUGACUGUGGUGAUUGUUGUAAUCAUUGUCUCCCAACAGAUUGUAUGGAAUGCUUGGGGCAUAUCUUUUGUUGCUGCUCAUUAGCUUCUAAUCCAAAUUCUGGAUGUGACUGCUCUGGUUGUGACUGUAGUGGAUUAUAUUGUGGAAAUGUUGAUUGUGGGGGUGAUUGUGUUAUUUGUUGUUGUGCAUAAUGAAUAUAGUACGUGUAGGCAAAUUUAGCGAAAAAAAGCCCUGGGCGUCUAUGUUUCAAUUGGUCACUUUGGUUGGGUUUAUAUGAUAUAG